CUUAUAUAAACCUAGCUUACAAGUUGCUUUAGCGUUCUCAGUGUUGAACCGGUAGGUGACGGUGUCGGCCAAUAUAAAACCUCUUCUGACCCGGAAAAAGAAUGUACGGACCUUUAACAAGACAGGAAGUGUCUCCUGAUGAAACUGACAGUUAGCUAGCUAUCAUGGCGCUUGAUGUAAAAUCCAGAACUAAACGAUACGAGAAACUGGACUUCCUUGGAGAGGGUCAGUUCGCCACAGUGUACAAAGCCAGGGACAAAACGAAUGAUACCAUAGUUGCCAUUAAAAAGAUUAAGGUUGGCCACAGAACUGAGGCUAAAGAUGGUAUUAAUAGGACUGCUCUUCGAGAGAUCAAACUGCUGCAAGAACUGCAUCAUCCAAACAUCAUUGGGCUGCUGGAUGCCUUUGGACACAAAUCCAACAUCAGCCUGGUGUUUGAUUUCAUGGAAACAGAUCUGGAGGUGAUCAUCAAAGACACCAGCCUAGUCCUGACUCCGGCCAACAUCAAAGCUUACAUCCUCAUGACUCUACAGGGAUUAGAGUAUAUGCACCACCACUGGGUCCUACACAGGGAUCUGAAGCCCAAUAAUCUGCUGUUAGAUGGCAACGGAGUGUUGAAGUUGGCUGAUUUUGGUUUGGCCAAAGCAUUUGGCAGCCCCAACAGAGUCUACACGCAUCAAGUUGUUACCAGGUGGUACCGCUCCCCCGAGCUCCUUUUUGGUGCCAGGAUGUACGGUGUGGGUGUUGACAUGUGGGCAGUGGGAUGCAUCUUGGCAGAGUUACUCCUUCGGAUACCGUUCCUUGCUGGAGACUCGGACCUUGACCAGCUAACUAAGAUCUUUGAGGCUCUUGGGACGCCCACAGAAGAAACAUGGCCUGGAAUGAGUAGUCUACCAGACUAUGUGUCUUUCAAAAUAUUCCCUGGCACACCUCUGGAACAUAUAUUUAGUGCAGCUGGAGACGACUUACUAGAGCUGCUACAGAGCUUCUUCACCUUUAACCCCUCGACGAGGACCACAGCAACACAGGCUCUGACGAUGAGGUACUUCAGUAACCGACCUGCUCCCACUCCUGGUCCCCAACUCCCCCGACCCAACUGUGCAGCUGAGGCUCUGAGGGAGAAGGAAACAAUCGGCCUGAAGAGGAAACUCGAGGGCCCAGAGACAGCUAUAAUGAAGAAGAAGCUCAUUUUCUGACCAGAUGAGACCGGUUAAUCAGAUGAUCACCAUUUUCACACCAUUGUGUGGGUCAGCUACCCGGCAUUGCUCACGAUCGUCCACUGGAAUGGGGAAAAAAAGAUGUCCAGCGGAGGCAAAAAGGCUCAGAUGUAGUUGACUUUAGGACAUUUUAGAGGUUUUAGAUGUUAAAUCAGUUGAUAAUUGUGUCUAAGUUUCGCUCUACCUGUCCAAGGUGCUGCUGUGUGUAGCAUCCCAUCAACUGAUGUACAAUAGAAGUCAAUAGCGUUGGCUUUGGUCUUUCUUCAUUGUAACAAUGAUGCCUAAGCUCUGGGAGCCUGUUGUAAUAUGUAUAUUUAUGUGACUGAAAAUAAGAACAACCAACCAAACAA